CCCGCAAUCGAAUCCUCUUUCCCCCCAACCCCGAAAAGCCUUUCCCUCUCUAAUAUUUCUCGCCUUUGUUCGACUCUUAACCCUAACCCCUCCUCUUCCCGGUAAAAUUUUUCGUUAAUUUUGACGGAAAAUUGAUCGAGGAAAUAAGAAUGCAACAUCAGAGAUUGAAGCAACAACAACAACAAGCUUUGAUGCAGCAAGCUUUGCUUCAGCAACAAUCUCUUUAUCAUCCUGGUCUUUUAGCUCCCCCUCAGCUUGAACCAAUUCCAAGUGGAAAUUUACCCCCAGGCUUUGAUCCAAGCACCUGCCGCAGUGUGUACGUAGGAAAUAUACAUACACAAGUAACAGAACCACUUCUUCAAGAGGUUUUCGGGAGUACAGGCCUUGUUGAAAACUGCAAGCUUGUCAGAAAGGAGAAGGUUGGUCCAACUGAGCUCAUAAAACAGCUCAUAAAACAUUUNCUUUUUUUUUUUUUUUUUUUUUUUUUUUUUUUUUUGUGCACAGGUCAUUUCAACAUCUUUGUGGGUGAUCUUAGUCCUGAAGUUACUGAUUCUACUCUGUUUGCAUGCUUCUCUGUAUUCCCUAGCUGUUCCGAUGCCAGAGUUAUGUGGGAUCAGAAGACUGGGCGUUCGAGGGGAUUUGGUUUUGUUUCCUUUCGCAACCAACAGGAUGCUCAAAGUGCAAUAAAUGACCUGACUGGUAAGUGGCUUGGAAGUCGACAGAUUCGCUGCAACUGGGCUACCAAAGGUGCUGGAUCCAAUGAAGACAAGCAGAGCUCAGAUGUUAAAAGCAUUGCAGAACUUACGAAUGGAUCAUCUGAAGAUGGUAAAGAGACGGUUAAUAGUGAUGCCCCGGAGAACAAUCCUCAGUACACUACUGUUUAUGUUGGCAAUCUUGCUCCAGAGGCGACGCAGGUUGAUCUUCAUCGCCAUUUUCAUGCCCUUGGGGCUGGUGUGAUUGAGGAGGUUCGCAUCCAGCGCGAUAAAGGUUUUGGUUUUGUUAGAUAUAGCACUCAUGCUGAGGCAGCUCUGGCCAUUCAGAUGGGGAAUACUCAGUCAUUUCUUUGCGGAAAACAGAUCAAGUGCUCUUGGGGAAGCAAACCAACUCCACCUGGAACUAUCUCGAACCCACUUCCUCCGCCUGCAGCAGUUCCAAUGCAGGGGCUGUCCGCAACUGACCUCUUAGCAUACGAGCGGCAACUGGCAAUGAGCAAAAUGGGGGGCGUCCAUGCCCUUAUGCACCACCCCCAGGCUCCACAUCCUUUAAAGCAGGCAGCAGCCAUGGGGAUGGGUGGUGCUGCUGGCUCAAGUCAGGCCAUCUAUGAUGGUGGGUUUCAGAACGUUGCUGCAGCUCAGCAGCUCAUGUAUUAUCAGUAAGAGGCUGAGGAGGAGGAGAGAUGUAUACAAAAUGGAGUGCUUGGUUGGAUCUCAUCUUUUUUUUUCUUUUCUUUUCUUUUCUUUUCUUUUCUUUUCUUUUCUUUUUUCUUGUGGAGAGUUGUCUGAUGAGCCUUAGUGUAUGAUCCUUUUUUACUUUUUAAUUUGUGUUUUGAGUUUUCAGUAGUGUUUAUGGAAAAUAUGAUAUCAUUGUGUACCCGAGUAUCUGAAUUUAUUGAAGGAUAUGAGGAUUCUUGGUGGUGGUGUUGUUAUUUAGGAGAGGACACACUAGUUGGGUAUAGCCUUGGUAUUCUAGUUUUUCUUUCUUUUUUCUUUC